CCCCUUUCAUUUUGAAGAAAUGAUUUUUCCACUUGUACCUUUAGCAGUGGAAAGCUCCCUGCGAACGUUGUAGUAGAAGAGCAAGUAAAAAGUAGCUAUUAUGUAUCUGUAGCAGUAUAAAGUCACUACAGUAGGACACUGCCAACUAAAGUAAUGUCCUCCUUAAUUGAGCUCCACACUAAAGACUAUUGUUUUUCUGGUGGCUGCUUUCUUUGUCAUCAACUGGUACUUUGCUGUAUUUGAGACUCUGCUCAAUCCAGUUCUCGCAGAUAAUUUCGGUUUUGAUGUGGAGUACGACGCUUACGCCUUCUUUGGUACACUAACCUUCUUUUCCACUGGAAUGAUUAUUUUGUAUGCACUUCAGAGGCUGCAUAUUGAUAACCGAGUCUCAAGCAUUAUUGCACUCUCUUUCGCCCUCUUUGGGUCGCUGGUGGCAACUGAUUGGCAAUCAGUACAGGGAGACCCCUGCAGCCAGUUCAGUAAAACUGAAGGAGUCAAUUUCACAAUUUUAUCAGAACCUAAGGAUAUGGCUUUUGGAAGUGGGUCAGCGAUAUGGUGUGAAGUAGAUCCUGGAAGCUACUUCUGUGCUGCUGAGGAGUCGGGAGUCAAUUUAGAGGAGUGUGGAGUGGAACAGAGUUUGACAAAUGGGAUCAUUGACGUGAAUGCCAGUUGUGUUUGUGAGGCAUUCUCUGGAGUGUCAGAAUUCAGGUGUUUCUGGAACCCUCACUCGCGGGUGACAGGGAGGGACUGCCAGCGAUGUGCCAGACUGUGUCGCAGUCACAGCCACUCCCUCAACCUCGUCCAGUUCCUCCUGGGAAUGGCUCUUAUUUGUAGUAUUAUUCCGUCAGGCCGCAUCGCCAUCACUCUUAUAGCCUCUGAUGCCUUGGCUGGAGGGUCACAGGCACUGAUAAUGGGUACAUUGGUUGCCAUGGGAGCUACUGCAAGAUUCACUGGACCACUAUGGGCCAAUGCAGCCUACCUGGCAGCCGACCAUCAUGUGUAUAUCGUAAUGAACAUCCUGUCAGUGUCCAUUCUACUGGUGAUAGUGCCCUACAUCCUACUGUAUCGGACCAUGAAACCAGCAAAUCAACAGCAGCAAGUGAUGAGAACUAGCGGAAAUGUUGCCUCGAUCGAACUAAACUCGCUACUCAAUCAAGAUACAGUGGAACUUGUUAGUGUUGGAGACAAAGAACUAGUCUCUCUUGAGAAUGGAGACUGGUGUUUGGAGAAGGACAGUGGAGGUUUGGGUGAUGAGGAUAUGGAGAUGGAUGAUGGAAGGGGAAAGGAAGAUGAAGAUAUGACUGAGUUGUUAAAAAACAUGGAAUCAUCUUUAGACGAAAGGUGACGAGAAGGAUUUGAAGUAGCUAGGAGUUCUACAUUUAGCAGCAAUAAAUUCUGUCUGGCAAUAUCAAUCUAUAAUGAAGUGUUAACGAUGUCCCCUGUGUGUGGAGCAGAGUAAUCAUGCAUAACUUUGUCGAGAGCC